GUCGCGAUGUGGAGCAAUCGCUGCUCGAUUUUAAUCCUGGCGCUGCUGGCGGCCAGUAGUGUGGAAAAAGUAUCGGGAAGAUUGCCAAGAAUCCUGCCGAAAACCUUGGCCGACGGCGAUGAGGGUGUGACAGUACGCGGUGAUUGUGAAUUCAAGGUCAACGGUGACCUCAACGACCCGGCUCCUCUGUUUUCGCGUCACAAUUCGUAUGAAAUAAUAGUACCCGAUCCCACGGACACAGUGCGUUUGCUGAAUGGCGAGCUCUUGGAUAUGUUCUGCCCAGGUGUGGGCUUUGCAGCGCCCUUUGCGAAUCGCUCGCAGGUGACGGCCACGUGUCUGCAGAACAAGUACUUCCUGGUCGACGAUCUUAUCUAUCCAUUUGCCAACUUUUCCUGCACCGCCUGGCCCAUUUUUACAGCCCUGCGAACCGGCAAAGAUUGCAAUGGCGGCACAGAUCUCGUCCAGGUGGGAUUCGAGGUGGAGGACGGCGGCUUCCUGCAGUCCUACGAACUCUGUCACGAUGCCGAGGCGGAGGCCACGCGAUAUGUUCACCAUGUGCUCUACCCCUCGAGCUACGACUAUCAGCACGGAGUGGCGCGACCGAGCUUCAUCGAACUAGAUUUCUACGGCGGAAGGGAUGUGAAUACGAAGUACACCCAGGUGCAGCAGAACAUCACGAUAAGCAAUAUACUGGGACUAGAUGCCUCGCCGUAUUUUAAUUAUAGCGAUGAUCGAAUUUUGGCCCGCGGACAUAUGAUAGCCAAAACGGAUCAGAUCUUUGGGGCCGCCCAGCACUCGACCUUCCUGUUCAUCAAUGUGGCGCCCCAGUGGCAGACCUUCAACGGCGGCAACUGGGAGCGGGUGGAGACGAGUGUUCGGAAAUUCGUGGCCGAUCGCAAUCUUACCACCGAUUGCUAUACAGGCACCUGGGGUGUUUCCACCCUGCCCGAUGUGGAUGGAGUGGAGAAGGAGCUUUAUCUCGACUUUGAUGAGAACAACAAUGGGUUGAUUCCGGUGCCCAAGAUAUACUAUCGUGUGGUGAUCGAUCGCUUUACUCGCGAGGGCAUCGUCAUAAUUGGCAUCAACAAUCCCUACUUGACGUUGGAACAAAUCCUCAAGGACUACAUCGUGUGCCAGGACAUUGGCCAUCAGCUGAGCUGGCUAACUUGGUACAAGGAGGAUCUGCACGAGGGCUAUUCGUAUGCCUGCACUGUGGAGGACUUUAUCGAGGUGGUCAAGGAUUUGCCGCUGGAAGAUCUGUAUACUAAUGGAGUUCUUGGCUUGGAUGAGGUGACAACUGUGGAACCUUCAAGUACUACAACUACUGAGGAGCCGACAUCAACCACAGAACCUUCAACUACACCUAGUUCCACCACUGUUUCUUCUACCACCGAGGAACCAAGCUCUUCAACUGUUUCUUCUACCACCGAAGAACCAAGCUCUUCAACUGUUUCUUCUACCACCGAAGAACCAAGCUCUUCUACUAUUUCUUCUACCACCGAAGAACCAAGCUCUUCAACUGUUUCUUCUACAACUGAGGAACCAAGUUCUUCAACUGCUUCUUCUACCACCGAAGAACCGAGCUCUUCAUCGUCUUCCACCACUUCAAAUCCUCCUGUCACCACACCCUCACCCAUUGCAAAUCCCUGCAAGUUUAGCAUAAAUGGUGAUCUCAAGGACCCUGCUCCACUGCUAACGCCACAAGGAGCCCUUAGCUGGCUGCUGCCCGAUGAAAGUGGUGUUUACACAGUAGAAGAAGGUUCCUCCAUCGAUCUGCAUUGCACUGGAGCUCUGGUAUCGCCCUUCAAUAGGUUUACCGCAUUAACAGCUCGUUGUUUGGGUGAUCAGUUGUACGAGGCUGAGGGACAGCGGGUGAAUAUCCGAGGAUUCGUCUGCCAGAGUUGGCCCACCUAUGUGGCACUCCGUUCCGGGGAAUCAUGCCCGGGUGGCACGGAUCUGGUGCAGAUUGGCUUUGAUGUGGCCGCCGGUUUCCUAAGUCACGUGGAGCUCUGUUACGAUCAGCAGGAGCAGAUCUCGAAGUAUGCUCGCUAUGAACUGACCCCGGCCAAUGUGGCAUAUCAAAGGGGAGUUGCUCAACCGGGUUAUCUGCGAGGUGACUUCUACACCGGUGAGGAUGUCAAUGUUCUCUAUAGUCAAUCGCGUCAGGAGCAGGCAUUUAGCUCUGCCUUAGGAUUGGAUGCCAGCCAGUACUUCGAUAGCACUAAGGAUCUCUACUUGACCAGGGGACAACUGGCCGGUCGCCUUGAUUUCGUGCACAGUUCCGCCCAAAGGGCCACUCACUUCUACAUCAAUGCAGUUCCCCAGUGGCGAAGUAUCAAUAUUGGAAAUUGGUUAGCUGUAGAAACCAGUUUAAGACAAUUUGUGGCUGAUUCUGCUUUGAAUGUGAGUGUGCAUGCCGGCAGCUAUGACAUCUCCACUCUACCCAAUUCCCAAGGAGUCCAAACUCCCCUCUACCUGAAUGAGGAAACCAAACAGUUACCAGUGGCCAAGAUACUCUAUCGCAUAGUUAUCGAUCAGGAAAGUCGUAAGGGAAUUGUUCUGAUAGUAGUAAACAAUCCACACAUUACCCUCGCUGAGAUCUUGGCGGAUUAUGUGAUCUGUGAGGAUGUCGGUGCUCAGUUGGAUUGGUUGGACUGGGAUAAAACGAAUCUGCAGAAGGGCUACUCGUAUGCCUGCUCUGUGGAGGAUUUCCUUCAGGUGGUCAAGGACCUGCCCACGGAUCAACUGGAGACUACUGGAAUUCUCGGUCUGAACAACCAGUCCUUGGAGAAUGAGCUGUGCAGCUUUCAAGUGAACGGCGAUCUCAAAGAUCCGGCGCCUUUAUUUGUGAUCCGAAGUGAGUUGGGCCAUGCCAGAUAUUUGGAACCCAAUCACGAGGGCCUCGUGCAGCUGAAACAUGGAGAAGCUCUGGAGUUCCAUUGCAUCAAGAAUUUUACUGGACUCUUCUCCGGUUAUACCUUUGUGAAUUCCACUUGCUGGCAGCAACAGAGUUUCCUCUCUAUGGGCAGUUUGUAUGACCUGCAGGACUUUGUCUGCACCUCGUGGCCAACUUAUACGGCUCGUCGGACUGGUCGUUCCUGUAAUGGAGGUACUGAUCUCCUGGAGGUGGGCUUCCAGCUCUCAGCCUUAGCAUCCGAUGACUUCCUGCAGACCUACGAUGUCUGUCAUAAUGAAGAGACGGAGGUCACCCGCUAUGUGCACCAUGUUUUGUACCCUGGAAGUGCCCAGUAUCAGCGAUCUGUGUCCCGGCCGACCUUCAUUCCCGGUGACUUUUACGGCGGCAAGGAUGUGAACACCUUGUACACCCAGGUCCAGCAGAAUAUCACGGUUACCCAGAUCCUGGGCACGGAUGCCUCACCGUACUUUAAUAUCAGCGGUAAUGUUUACCUGGCCCGCGGUCAUCUGUCGGCUAAAACCGACUUUGUCUUCGGGGCCGCUCAACAGGCCUCCUUCUUCUUCGUGAACGCGGCUCCCCAGUGGCAGACCUUCAAUGGUGGCAACUGGGAAAGGAUCGAGGAUAGUGUGCGGAAGUUUGUGGCCGAUGAGAACAUGACAGCGGAUUGCUAUACGGGCACCUGGGGUGUUUCCACCCUGCCCGAUGUGGAUGGGGUUGAGAAAGAGCUGUAUCUGGACUUUGAUGAGAACAACAAUGGUUUGAUCCCGGUGCCCAAGCUUUACUACCGCGUGGUUAUCGAUCGCUUGAGUAGAAAGGGCAUCGUUUUACUCGGCGUAAACAAUCCUCAUGCUAAAUUAGAGCAAAUCGAAAGGGAGUACAUUAUUUGCGAGGAUAUUGGGGAUCAGUUGAGUUGGGUCAGCUGGACGAAAGAGGAUCUGAAGAGGGGCUAUUCAUAUGCCUGCACUGUGGAAGACUUUAUUGCCGUGGUAAAAGACCUGCCACUCGAUGAACUGCAGGUUGAAGGAGUGCUGGGUGUUUAG